AUGGGCCGACACGGGCUGCACGUCAUCUCAUUCGCCGGGCUAGGCGCGACUGCCAACACAGCACCUCACCGCACCCGUCACCCCGGCAGCAGCCUCGCCCGCGCCUCUGCACAGCGAGCGCCGGGUGCAGGCUGGAUGCCCGUGGCCCACGUCCAACAGCUGUCCGCGAUGCGCAAACGCCCCGAGGCCGCCUCCGCACAGCGCCUGCAGCUCGACGUCGUGAGGCGGACGUGUGCCAAGCCCUCCCGCCGCCGCCGCCGCCGCCGCCGCCGCAUCUCAGUGUGCCUCCCUCCGGCGGGCGAGCUUGUGCCUGUGCAUCACCACUCGAGCUCUCCACACCCGCCACAUCGCCCGCCCAUCGCCCGCCCAUCGCACGCCCAUCGCAGCCCACCCCCCGUCUCUGCAACACCCCCAUCUCUGCAACACCCCCGUCUCUGCAACACCCCCGUCUCUGCAACACCCCCGUCUCUGCAACACCCCCGUCUCUGCAACACCCCCGUCUCUGCAACACCCCCGUCUCUGCAACCCCCACCCAGCAUGGCCGCCGCAGACACGGGCAAGCGGAUAGAGGAGGCGCAGAAGCUCGCGAAGACGGAGCCCGCAAAGGCCGAGAAGAUCUACCAGGACGUGCUGUCACAGGACCCCGGCAGCAACGAGCAGGCCAUCAAGCACUACGAGACAGCCCUGCUCGCCCUCGGAGACCUGUACCGCGACCAGAACAAGGCCGACGCCCUCGCCGAGCUCGUCAGACAGGCCCGCUCCGUGCUGUCGUCGUUUGCCAAAGCAAAGACAUCCAAGCUGGUGCGCCAGCUGCUCGACCUCUUCACCGCCAUCCCCAACACCACCGACACCCAGAUCUCCGUCACAAAGUCAUGCAUAGACUGGGCCGUGUCCGAGCGGAGAGGCUUCCUGCGACAGAACCUCGAGACCCGCCUCGUCUCGCUGUACAUGGCCAAGCAGUCGUACUACGAGGCCCUGGCCCUCAUCAACAGCCUGCUCAAGGAGCUCAAGCGUCUGGACGACAAGCUGGUCCUGGUCGAGGUCCAGCUGCUGGAAUCGAGAGUCUACCACGCCCUCGGCAACAUCUCAAAGGGCCGCGCCGCCCUCACCUCCGCACGAACCUCGGCCGCCUCCGUCUACACCCCGCCCCUGCUGCAGGCCGGCCUGGACAUGCAGAGCGGCAUGCUGCACGCAGAGGACGGCGACUUCAACACCUCCUUUUCCUACUUCAUCGAGGCCAUGGAGGGAUACCACUCGCAGGACGAGGAGCAAAAGGCCACCUCCGCGCUCCAGUACAUGCUGCUCUGCAAGAUCAUGCUCAACCUGGGCGACGACGUCAACACCCUCAUGACCUCCAAGCACGCUGUCAAGUACGCCGGCAAGCGCCUCGACGCCAUGAAGGCCGUUGCGCGAGCACACACCAACCGCAGUCUUGAGGAGUACGAGAGCGCCUUGACGGAAUUCAGACAGGAGCUGGGUAGCGACCGCUUCAUCACGAGCCAUCUUCGGCGCCUCUACGACAACAUGCUGGAGCAGAACCUGAUCAAGGUCAUCGAGCCCUACAGCCGAGUCGAGAUCGUCCACGUCGCCAAGAUGGUCGGCCUGGACACGGUGCAGGUCGAGCGCAAGCUCUCACAGAUGAUCCUCGACAAAGUCAUCAUCGGCGUCCUGGACCAGGGCGCCGGCUGCCUGAUUGUGUACGACGAGUCGGAACGCGACAAGGGCUACGACGCCGCCCUGAACACGAUCGAGAAGCUGAACAGCGUCGUCGAGGUCCUGUACACAAACCAGGCGUCGAUGCUCGAGUAG